AUGUUGUUCCCCUCUUCCUUGCUGGUUACAGCAAUUAUUCAGUUAUCUCUGUCUGGAAACUCAGUUGCUGAUGAUGCGACAUCAAGGGCUGUCACUGCCCUAGAUGCCCUGCAAACUUGGUACAAUGAUGCGACUGGGCUAUGGGAUUCCGUCGGAUGGUGGAAUGGGGCAAAUUGCAUGACUUCUAUUGCAGAUCUAGCAUUGCUGGACUCAUCGGUGGUAGCCACUGCUAGCUAUGUCUUUAAUAACACCCUUACCAAGGCCCCUGCUUCCAAUCCCAAUCCAGGACCUGAAGUCAAGACGAAUUACAGGCGACGCAGGCGCAGUCAUGGGAUUAUUCCACGUCAGAGUAGCGGCGUAAAUGCAUCUCAAUGGCUAGAUUCGGCUUACGACGAUGAUGGGUGGUGGGCUCUUGCGUGGAUUGCCGCAUACGAUGUUACGGGGGAUAGCACCUAUCUGUCAGUAGCAGAGGGAAUUUUCUCGGGCCUAACAGCAGCCUGGGGAACUAAUUGCGGAGAUGGCGGCGGUAUUCCAUGGAAUCCCACAGACAAGUAUGUGAAUGCCAUCACAAACGAGCUCUUCCUUUCGGUAGCAGCACAUUUGGCAAACCGUGUGAGCUCGAACAAGGACUACUACGUUCAAUGGGCAGAGAAAGAAUGGAACUGGUUUUCCUCGUUAGGAUUCAUUGGAGAAAACAACACUAUCAAUGACGGUCUUUUGGACAACUGCCAAAAUAAUGGUGCCACAGUAUGGUCGUACAACCAAGGCGUUGUUCUCGGAGGUCUUGUCGAGCUGAACAAAGCAGCACCGAAUGAUAUGUACCUCGAGUACGCGAAUAAGAUUGCCGUAGCCGCAAUUGAGACUUUAGCCGAUUUUAACAUGGUCAUUCACGAAUCAUGCGAGCCAAGUAACUGCGAGCCAGAUGCAGUCCAGUUUAAGGGGAUUUUCAUACGCAACUUGCAAAUGCUGCAGAGUGUAUCACCGAGCGAUACCUAUACGCAGGUCAUCAACAGCUGCGCAAAUAGCAUUUGGCAAAAUGACCGCAAUGCACAGAAUCAGCUUGGUGUUGUCUGGUCUGGUCCAUACUCCAAUUCUGAUGCCUCUACCCACAGCUCAGCAAUGGAUGCUUUGAUCGCAGCCAUUGCUGUGUAA